CUGGUUGUGGUAUUAGACUAGUCGAGUGAUGAAGGGAGGCGCCCUGCAUGUCAAAGGGAACUGACGCUCACUGGGAGCUCUCUGACUGGCUCCUCCGUCUGUAUGAAGCCAGUGUACAUGGUGGCAUGUGGCUGGGAUUAGGAAAUUUCACUGUGGAUUAAAAUCUUUCCAACGCCUCCAUGGCCACUUGCUAAAAGAAAGGAGUCUAAAGUUCCAGCACUGAGCACUCCGGGCCCAUGGUCUCACUUAGCAGCUCCAGGAUGUUCAAGCUGCUCCAGGGUCACAUCCAGCCAGCUGGACACAGAAGUGGCAAAACCCGCCUGGUCACCAAAGACGGGCGCUGCAACAUUGAGUUCGGCAACAUUGAAUACAGUAACCACUUUGCAUACCUUGUGGACUUCUGGACCACCUUUGUGGAGAUCCGCUGGCGCUUUGUUCUCCUCCUGUUUGUAGCUUCAUUCACGGGCAGCUGGUUUAUUUUCAGCCUGCUGUGGUACUGGAUCGCAAAGAGCAACGGAGAUCUGAUGGGACAAAACCGCACGGAUGGACAUGUCCAAUGUGUAGACAAUGUUAAUGGCCUCACAACAGCAUUCCUCUACUCGUUGGAGACCCAGACCACCAUCGGGUAUGGUGGCAGAGCGCUGACUGGACACUGUGCCGGCACUGUGGCUCUAAUUAUCAUCCAAUCUCUAAUUGGCGUCUUUAUCAAUUGUUUCAUGUGUGGGGUCAUCUUGGCCAAGAUCUCCUUACCCAAAAAAAGAGCAAAGACUGUCACCUUCAGCGACACGGCAGUCAUCUGCUUAAAGAAAGGAAGUCUAUGUCUCCUGAUCAGAGUGGCCAACCUUCGAAAGACGUUAUUAAUUGGCAGCCAGAUCUACGGCAAGCUUCUUCGGACAACAACCACACCAGAUGGAGAGACCAUCAUCCUGGACCAGAUUGACAUUGACUUUAUGGUUGACGCCGGGAAGGAUAACUUGUUUUUUGUUUGCCCUCUGACCCUCUACCACGUGAUCAACAGAUCGAGUCCGUUCUAUGAGCUGUCAGCUGACUCUCUUUCCCAGCAGGACUUUGAGCUGGUGGUCUUUUUGGACGGGACGGCUGAGUCCACCAGCUCCGCCUGUCAGGUCCGAACCUCCUACAUCCCACAGGAGAUUCAGUGGGGAUACAAUUUCUUGCCCAUCAUCUCCCGCACCAAGAUGGGAAAGUAUCGCGUGGAUUUCUCAAACUUUUCCAAAAGCGUUCAGGUCACCACGCCACACUGCGUCCACUGCUUCGAGACAGACUACGACCAGAAAAACCAAAACAGCCACAGCUUGGAAAAUCACAAUAACCAGGAGAAGGUUGGCAUCGAUAACCUGGGGUUCCAGGUGAUUGACAUUCAUGAGUCUGUGGACAUGACUAAAAUGUGAGAAACUUGUUUUCAGACUAAAAGUAAAGCAACUCAGGAUGUGGGACAUAAACGUCUUUGUCACUUCCUUUUACACAAAGUUUCACUUUUAGUCAGACUGAAGACGAGUGAAUGAGAAAUAUUUUAUUGCAUUGCUUCAUCCAGUGAAUUAAUCAUCGACUCUUUUGCCUCAAACAGCAGAAACAUUAAAUGCUGUUAAACUGUGUGCAUAAAAAUUCAGACAUUAGCUGGAAUUAAGCUUUUGCUCAGUGGCUCAUUACAAUCAAAGCACCUUUAGGACUUGGGACUUUGUCUAAGGUAAUGUGUAAACGAGGGAGAAAGAGGGAUUUAAGUUUUGACGCAUGGAAAAUAAAAGGAGUAAAAUACUGGAUGGCACAGUGGGUACUUCUUGAGGAGAUUAGGGCCUGAGCCUGUUAUAAUGAAAAACUGUGUGGGGAAGAAAAUAAUAAGUAGGACAAGACUUUUGAGUUUUAUCAUUAUUCCUACUAAAACAUUAACUGUAUGUUGUUUUUUUGUCAUGUUGACACAUCUUGUAUGCCCUGAUAAUUAGGAUACUGUGAAGAUAGCUGCUGAAUGUGAUGAUUUUACUCCUGACCAGUCUACAGUUUGUAGAUCAUACUGUGUAACACUGACACUUCAUCUCAGGGAAAGUAACAUCUUCAGUUAGAAUAAACCUUUUUUUUUCCACAAUUCAUUGACAUAUUGUUCCUUCCUAGGUUUUCUCCACACUAAAUAUCAGAAUUAUGAUUAUAUCAUUAACAGUGGUGGAAUAUAGUUACUCGAGUGCUGUAAAUAUAUACAAAUUUGAGGAUUCUUCUUUGCUACUCCCCUACAUUUCAGCCUCAUGUCUCAUUGUAAUACUGAUGCUUAGCUGAACAAACAAGACAAUCAGCAAGAUAAUUAGCUGUUUCUACAGUUAUUCUUAAUCUGAUUUGGUUGGAUUUCCUACGUCAGAUAAAAUUAGGUGGUGGUAACAGUAAAGUAACAUCAGUGCACCAUCCAUCCAUUAUCUGUAACUGCCCCAGCUGAUUUAGGGCUGGAGGUGUGCACCCUGGACAAGUCUGCAGUUCAUCACAAGGUACAGAGAGACAGCCAUUCACACUGCA